UGGCGCUGCGAACCCACGUGAUGCAGCGGGAAGAUGGCGGCGCCCAGGGGCGGCGUGUGGGACGCUGAGCGGCGUUGGGCCUAGUGCGGUGUUCGCUUGGGUUGCUCUCUGUUGCCGACAUGUCGCGGCUCAUCGUGAAGAACCUCCCCAACGGGAUGAAGGAAGAUCGCUUUCGGAAGCUAUUUGCAGCCUUUGGCACACUGACUGAUUGCUGCUUGAAGUUCACCAAGGAUGGUAGGUUCCGGAAAUUUGGCUUCAUUGGCUACAAGUCUGAAGAUGAAGCUCAAGCAGCACUUGGCCAUUUCAACAGAAGCUUCAUAGACACCUCCAGAGUCACUGUUGAGUUAUGCAAGUGUUUUGGUGACCCUUCAAAGCCCAAAGCAUGGAGUAAGCACUCUCAGAAAGUCCCUGCCUUGGAAAAACAGCCUGAGAAACCUGUGACAAGUGCAGCUCCUGCAAGCACAAAGAAAGAUAAAAAGAAGAAAAAUCCCUCAGAAAACUUAAAGGAGCUGGAAGAAGAUAAAACAUUCCAGGAGUUCUUGGUGGUUCACCAGAAACGGUCUCAGGUGGCCACUUGGGCUAAUGACACUUUGGCAGAGGAGCCCAAAAAGGAAAAAUCAAAGCCAGCAGCUGAUUAUUUGAACUUUGAUUCAGAUGAGUCUGAGGAUCUGAGUGAGGAGGAGGAGAAGGAUGGGAGUGAAUCCUCUGAAGAUGAGAAAGAAACCAAAGCAAAGAAACGACAGGAGAAGAAGGCAGCUACUAGGGAAGACCUCUCAGAUAUGGAUUACCUGAAAUCUAAAGUAGUGAGGGAUUCCUCCUCCUACUCUUCAUCCAGUACAGAGGAAGAAACAGAUAGUGAUGAAGUGGAAGAGGAAAGCAAAAAUGAGGAGGAUUCUGGCAUUACAGAAAAUAUCAGCACCCACAUAGGAAAAAGGAGGAAGUCAAAACCCCAAACAGCAGAGCAAGAGACACCACCAGAUAAGAAGAAAGAAGGAUCCACACUAGAGUUCUCUGCGCAGCAGAAGCACCAAGUCAGUUCAGCAGAAGCAAGCACACCACACACAGUGAGACUACAUGGUGCUCCUUUGAACAUCACUGAGCAAAAGAUUCGAGAAUUCUUCUCACCUCUGAAGCCAGUGGCAAUCCGGAUAGGAAAAAAUGCCCAGGGGAAAAAUACAGGUUAUAUCUUUGUUGACUUGAAGAGUGAAGCAGAAAUGCAAAGGGCCUUGAAGCGGAAGAAAGAAUACAUAGGUGGGCGAUACAUCAAGGUGUCCCGAUGUGAGAAUACCCCAAAAGAAACUGUUACAGUAAAAACUGAUGACCAGCCAUGGCAACGAAUGAAGAGGGAUGAUGAGGAAGAGGAAGAUUUGUCUGAAUCAGGGAGACUCUUUGUCAGAAAUCUUCCUUUUACUAGCACUGAGGAGGACUUGGAGAAGAUCUUUUCCAAGUAUGGGCCCCUCUCAGAGAUCCAUUUCCCGAUUGACAGACUGACCAAGAAAUCCAAAGGAUUUGCUUUUAUCACCUACAUGAUUCCUGAGCAUGCAGUGAAGGCCUAUGCAGAAAUGGAUGGGCAGGUGUUCCAGGGCAGAAUGAUGCAUCUUUUACCCUCCACAAUCAAAAAGGAAAAAAUUGAAGAUAUAGAUGCAGAAGAAUCUACCUCCUACAAAAAGCAGAAGGAGGCCAAGGACAAAGCCAGCAGUGCCAGCUCUCACAAUUGGAAUACGUUGUUUGUGGGGACAAAUGCUGUGGCUGACGCCAUUGCUCAGAAAUACAAUGCUUCCAAAAGCCAAGUGCUGGAUCAUGAGAGUAAAGACAGCGUGGCAGUGAGGAUUGCUCUGGGAGAAACUGAGCUGGUCCAGGAAAUCCGACGGUUCCUCAUUGAAAAUGGAGUUAGUCUGGAUUCCUUCAGUCAGGCUGCUGGUGAGCGGAGUAAAACUGUGAUCCUGGUGAAGAACCUCCCUGCCAGCACAAGCACGGCAGAGCUGGAGGCUGUCUUUGGCAAACAUGGCAGCCUGGGCAGGGUGCUACUCCCAACCGGAGGCAUCACAGCCAUCGUGGAGUUCCUGGAGCCAACCGAGGCCAAGCAAGCAUUCACCAAGCUGGCCUACUCCAAGUUUCACUCUGUGCCGUUGUAUCUGGAAUGGGCUCCAAUGAGUGUCUUCUCCAGCCCAGCCCCUCAGAAAAAUAACAGAGAGGCUCUGGAAAAGGAGGGAAAAGAAAGGCUAGUACCUGAUGGUGACACAGCUGUAAAGGCCUCAGAGGAAACAUCAGCACAGGAUGAGGAAGAAGAUGAAGAGGAAGAUGAGGAAGAGAGCAUUCCAGGGUGUACCUUGUUCAUCAAGAACCUCAACUUUACCACCACAGAAGACACACUGAAGGAGACGUUCUCUAAAGUGGGAGCUGUGAAGAGCUGCACAAUAUCCAAGAAGAAAGACAAAGCAGGCACUUUGCUUUCCAUGGGCUUUGGAUUCGUGGAGUACAGGAAGCCAGAGAGUGCUCAGAAAGCGCUGCGCCGUCUCCAGGGCUGCAUUGUAGAUGGCCAUAAGCUGGAAGUGAAAAUCUCAGAGAGAGCUGUCAGGCCUGCUGUGAAGUCCUCCCGAAAGAAGCAGACAGUCAAGAAGCAGAAGACUUCCAAGAUCCUAGUCCGAAACAUCCCAUUCCAGGCCACCGUCAGGGAAAUCAGGGAGCUCUUCAGCACCUUCGGGGAGCUGAAGACUGUCCGGCUGCCCAAGAAGAUGUCGGGAACAGGCUCACACCGCGGCUUCGGCUUCGUGGAUUUCCUCACCAAGCAGGACGCCAAGAAAGCAUUCAAUGCCCUGUGCCACAGCACGCACUUGUAUGGCCGCAGGCUGGUCCUGGAGUGGGCAGACACAGAGGAGACAGUGGAGGCCCUGAGGCGGAGGACAGCUGACCACUUCCACGAUUCCCCAAAGAAGAAGAAGCGAUCAGAGGUGUUGGGUGAGAUCCUGGGGCAGCUGGAGGAAGAGGAAAGCAACAAGGAUGAGGCUGUCUAGCUGGUCUCCAGCGUGGCGAGGGCUGAUGGAUGGAGAACCGAUGGAUUCUCAGUGGACACGCACCUGUUGCGUACCCGCAGCCGUCUGGCGAUCCCUGAAGCGCAGAGCUGUGCUGCUGCCCCAGGACCCCCCUCCAUCCACAGCACCAGGGCAGGAGCGCGGCGCUCUGACCCCAGCGCUGAGGUGGGAGUCCUCACCGGCCCCAAGGACUCUGGCAGAUUUGCUCUUCAUGUCUGAAGGAAAUCAUCAUUUGUACACAUUAAAAGCCAUGCAUAUAUUUUUAAUAAGAGUUUUCCAAAA